UUACCCCAGUUUCACAGCUCUCAGAAUGGCUACGUUAAAGCUGCCCGUUUUUCUAGCUAAGAUUCGUGGACAAAAUGCAACGUUGCAGAAACUUUUCCAGACAAAAUCUUUCCAGAAUGCACAUCAUAAACAUUUUUCGUCUAAACAUGCUUCACCAAUUUCGACCACAGCAUUUCCAGAGUUCGAUUCCGUGACUGGCUUGAACAGUCAUGAAGAUUUGUACAAGAUGAGUUUGGAGAGACCCGAUCUGUUUUGGGGAAAAUUGGCUCGAUCCCGAUUGAAAUGGGAAAAGGAUUUUCAUACUGUCCAGGAUUGUGAUAUGACCCAGGGAAAAGUCAAUUGGUUUAUAGAUGGAAAAAUAAAUGCCUCAGUAAAUUGUAUUGAUCGUCACCUAGAAAAAUAUGGCGACAGGAUUGCCCUUAUAUGGGAAAAAGAUGAACCAGGAUCUCAAGAAUAUAUUACCUACAAACAAUUAUCGGAUAUGGUUAACAGACUUUCCCAAGCAUUGUUAAAUCAUGGUGUUAAUAGAGGAGAUCGGGUAGCCAUCUAUUUACCAUGUUCUCCAAUAGCGGUAGCAGCCAUGUUGGCUUGUACCAGAAUCGGAGCCAUUCACAGUGUGGUUUUCGCUGGUUUCAGUGCUGAGGCUCUCUCAGGGAGAAUUUUAGAUGCUCAAGCAGAGACUGUGAUAACAGCUAAUGAGGAAAUACGGGGAGGAAAGACAGUAAAAUUGAAAAAAAAUGUUGAUGAAGCAGUGGCUAAAUCUCCAUGUGUCAAGAGAGUUUUUGUAUAUAAAUUAAUUGAUCGAGAAAUUAAAAUGAAUAAGUUAGAUAUACCACUAGAAAAGGUUAUGUCCGAGUCUAGCAAUAAAUGUCAACCAACUGUAAUGGAUUCCAAUGAUUGUCUAUUCAUGCUGUACACAUCUGGAAGUACAGGUAAACCUAAAGGUGUGGCACAUUCCCAUGGUGGUUACCUGACCUAUACUGCUGUUACCUUUAAGCAUGUAUUUGACUAUAAUGAAGGUGAAAUAUUUGGAUGUUUGGCUGAUAUUGGUUGGAUUACAGGACACAGUUAUGUUGUUUAUGGACCAUUAUUAAACGGAGCUACAACUGUUUUAUAUUCUAGUACACCAACAUAUCCAGAUCCAGGUCGAUAUUGGGAAACGGUUGAAAGAUUAAAGAUAAACCAUUUAUAUACAGCUCCUACAGCUCUGCGUCUCCUACUCAAGGCAGGUGACUCUUGGGUGACUAAAUAUGACAGAUCUUCUCUCAGGAAACUAGGAUGUGUUGGAGAGCCGUUAAAUCAUGAAGCGUUUGAAUGGUACCGAGACGUAGUUGGUGAAAAUAAAUCUGAUGUUAUUGAUACAUGGUGGCAAACAGAAACGGGUGGCAUUUGUCUAACACCUCGACCAUCAAAUCCUGGAGCCGAGAUUCUGCCUGCGAUGCCAAUGAGACCAUUCUUUGGUAUAGAUCCUGUUUUACUUGAUGUUGAGGGACAAGAAGUUGUUGGAGAUGAUGCAUCAGGUGCGUUAUGUAUCAGAAAACCAUGGCCUGGAAUGGCAUAUACCAUAUAUGGUGAUCAUAAUAGAUUUUUUGAAACUUAUUAUCAGCCAUUUAAAGGUUUUUAUUUUUCUGGUGAUGGAUCCCAUCGUCAUCCUGGUGGAUAUUAUCAGAUAACGGGGAGAAUGGAUGAUGUGUUAAAUAUUAGCGGACAUAGACUGGGUACAGGGGAAAUAGAAAAUGUCAUGGAUGAUCACCCUGCAGUUGCAGAAACAGCUGUUGUAGGAUUUAAACAUGAUGUAAAAGGAGAAGGAAUCUAUGCCUAUAUUAUAUUGAAAGAUGACGUAACAGACACGUUCGAGAAAAUUUCCAAAGAAUUACGAGAGCUAACAAAAUCCAGAUUAGCCUCAUAUGCUCAACCAGAUGUUAUUCAGUUCACUCCUGGUUUGCCCAAAACAAGAUCGGGCAAAAUUAUGCGUAGAAUUUUACGAAAAGUGGCAGCCAAUAAUACUGAUGAUCUCGGAGAUAUUUCAACUUUAGCUGAUCCAUCAAUAGUUAAAGAAAUUAUUAAUAAUCAUCAGAAAAUAAUCUUGUGAUCGUUAUUAGAAAUAGACAAAUAGUUUGUUUUUUUGGACAUGCAUAAUAUUGAAAUUUUUUUUGAAAAUAUGACAGCAUUAGCUAGUUAGUUAUACUGUUUGAAAUUAUAAUUUUAUGGUUAAAUGCUUUGAAAUUAUGCUUUUACUUACAAAACACUAUAAAUUUAACUAAAACGGAUAAACUAUUCAAAAUUAUAAUUUUAUGGUUAAAUGCUUUUAAAAAAUAAUAAUUUUAUGGUUAAAUGCCUUGAAUAUUUAACGGGUAAACUAUUUAAAAUUAUAAUGUUAUGGUUAAAUGCUUUGAAAUUAUAAUUUUUUGGUUAAAUGCUCCGAAAUUAUAAUUCUAUGGUUAAAUGCCCAGAAAUUAUAAUUCUAUGGUUAAAAAUUUUAUGGUUAAAUGCUUUUAAAUUAUGAUUUUAUGGAUAAAUGCUUUAAAUUAUAAUUUUAUUGUUAAAUGCUCUGAAAUUAUAAUUUUAUGGUUAAAAGCACUGAAAUUAUAUUUUUAUAUUUAAAUGCUCGCUCUGAAAUUAUAAUUUGAUGGUUAAAUGCUUUUAAAUUAUGAUUUUAUGGUUAAAUGCUUUUAAAUUAUAAUUUUAUGGUGAAAUGAUCUGAAAUUAGAAUUUUAAGGUUAAAUACUCUGAAAUUAGAAUUUUAUGGCAUGUAAAUUGACCGACAGGUAAGUUCUGUAAUUAUUGACUUAGUCAAAAAAAAAAGACAUCGAUUUGAUUCAAAUACAAAAAUGUAUUUAAAAUUAACAGCCUUUAUUUGAUUUUUAUAUAAAUAAAACAAAAACACAGUACAUAUCUGUGAAGUCAACUGGUUUAAAGCUAAAAUAAAUAUUCCUGUUGACUACAAGAUAUGUGAGUUUUUUUAAAGCCAUGAGUUAUAUAAUUUGUCAGGAUAAAUUUAUACCUAUAGAUAGAUAUAUUAAUUCGAAGUGCCUAAUGUAAAAUAGGUAAAUUAUAUGAUGUUCUUUGUUUAAAAAUGAAAUGGGGUUAAACGUUCUACUGUUCUGCCCUGAUUGGGCUAAUGAAGACGGGUUUGAUGUAAGAGAUUAGCCAAAGAAAUGGUCUGUUUCGUCAAGAUUUACUCGAGCUGUGCACAGAAUUAUGGGAAAAACAAAUGUUAAAUACAAAUAAUUUACCUCGUUCAGUACAAGUCCAACUGUGUGACCCCUGAUUGGUAUAGAACAUAUUUUUUAAUAUUGCUGUCUAAAUGUCACAGUACCUUUUUCUGCAUAAACUUUAACAGAAAUCUUUGAAGAAAGCAGUCUGAUCAUCUGAUAAUCUAGAUUCACAUUUAGUCAUUGUAUCCUUAAAAUAUUUUAGUUUUAGAUCUUUGAUGCGACAUUUUAGUGUUACAGGAAUGACAAGCAAACUAUAAUAUUGUGAAUGAUGAAUCUCAAAUUCCAUUCAGGUUUUAAAUCGAUGUAUGCUGUUUUACUAUGUAAUCAGCUCGCUGCCAUUUUGGUAGAACUGCUUUAAAGUAGCUAAGUCUCUAACUCAGUAUCAUCAAAAAUCUUCGACAUUGAAAACACGAAUUUUUUGUCAAUUUAAAUCAACAUUGAUGUUGUGAUCUUACCGGGAAAAGGUAGGCGUCUGAUAUCCAAUAUUUAAGACAAAAUAAACAUUUUACCAUUGGUACACGAAUCGUGUACUAUAAUGCGUUUCAGCGUCAUUUGUAACAAAGGGCUCGAAGAACGAGGCUAGACAUAUUCUUAUCUGGAGAGCAUGCGCAAUAAAUAAUUUUGGUGUAGACUGGUAUAACCAGACUCUGGAAAUAGCCAUUCGAUUGAGAUUUCUGGCGUAUUUCGCCGAACUUAUCUGAUUAGAAAUUACAGUAAAAACAGAAAUGAUUGAAUGUAAAUCAGUUUAUAUACAUUCAUAUUACAUUAUUAUAUGCGUUGUGACGCAUUUGUAUCAAUUUCUAGGUCCAAAAUAUUAGCGAUUUAGCUUCUUUAAAUCCGAUUGAAUCCAAGUUGGGACUUCAUCUAGCGUUAGUAUUUUGAUUUUGUUUUCUUAAUCGAAUGUUAAAUAAUCAAUUUAUGUACUUAUUAGCGUAGAUUAAGCUGUGAGAAAUUUGAUAUUUAGUGAAAAAUGCAAAUGGUGCGUUGUUUAAAAUAUCUUUGUUUUAUUUCUUUAUGAAUACGGUUGAUGGUAUUUAGUUAUUUUUUUAUUUACGGCGCUCAAUGUGUUGUUUUUUUAAAUAUAUAUUAUUGUUUUAGUUUGUAAUUUGAAUAGCAUGUUUUGAAUAGCAUGUAUUAACCUCAGUUUAUUGAGGUAAGUGACUUGUGAAUGGCCAAUAUUGUAAAUACAUGUAUAGUAUAGUAUAUAGAACUGUUACUCGACUUGAAUCAUUGCAGAAAAUUUACAUUUGGUUGUAUUGGGGUUUUAUAAACAAUAUUUAUAAACAGUAAUUUUCUUGGUAUGAAUGGGAGACAAGUUCUAAUGAAACAGGACCCUAGUUUUAAGGUACUAUUUUUUUUUAAUAAAAAAGCAUCAAAAGGAAAUUCAACAUAGAUAAUAAUUUUCAUGUUUAAUGUAAUGAUAUACAGAUUUGAUAUACAAUUUAUUAAUUGAACAUUUUACAUAAAACGUGUAAAAAAAUAAUAAAAUAAUGUAAAUAAUCUUCAUAAGCAGCAUAUUAUAUAGAAUUUAAUGGUUUAUUAUUAAGAAUGAUGUCAUUUUGUUUUUAUUAUGUAUGAAUUUAUGUAUUGUUUGUUGUAACUUUUAAAACUUGCUCAUAUAAUAAUGUUAAAUUCAGGUAUUAUGCAAUAAUAUAUAUAAUGGUAUGCAUUGUCAGGUCAUAGAAACGUACAAUACUAUUCAUACAGACCGAAUAGUUAUGGUUCUAGUGAAUAAUGUACCUUAGAAUUUUUUAGCAUGCAAUCCACAUUUAACUAUAAAUCUGAUAAUUGUAAAGGAUAUGAACAAAUAUAUCAUAUUCUGUUAUAUAGAAUAAUAACCAAUUAUAUAUUCAGUAGGAAUGUUUUAGCUUUUACCUUGGUCAAUAUAUGAAGCAUCAUCUACAUUCUAGGUGUUGGAGUUACCCAAGCUCUUUUGAAUAUUUCUUAAUUCUAAAUUUAGAUUAUACGGUCUGUCAUUAAGUCAGGUGGGUUGGAUGGCCGAAUAGUUAGCAUUUGCGAGCUGUAUCAUAAGGUCUGUCAUUGAGUCAUCUGGUGUGGUUUCGUUUCCCCGGUUGUAUGUGACAAGAAGUAGGGUCACCACAUGUCCAACCCCAUGGGUUUUCUCUGGGUCCUCCCACUGCUAAAGACCCCUACACGCAAUCCAAUUAUUGAAAUAAAAUUGAUCCAUGUGUUAGUCCAAAAUGACCUAGUUUGUGUCGAGUGGAUGUUAAACCCCAUUUCUCUCUCUGUGUCAUUGAGUCAAGUGACCUGGUUUCAAACCAAAAGAAGGGUCCAUUUAUGUGUCCAACUUAAUUGAUUUGAUCUUGGUAUUUUGGUUUCUAUUUACUGCUGAAGAUCGCUAUAUAUGCAAGUGCAUUAUUGAAAUAAAAUAUGUUAGGCCUUGAAAUAACCCAGAAAUUUCUAUAUUUCGGCUACUGCAGUUAUGGCCACAGAUGUUAAAUGGGUUCUAACUGUGAUAUGGGUAUUGUGCAUGAAGAUGUUAAACAACAACCAGCAAGCACCAGGAGCUAAUUGGUUAGGGUUUAGGUUGAAUUAAAAAAACAUCUGUGACCAAUUCGGCACUAAUAUAUGGUACAAUUGGAUUUCAAUAAUUUCCUUGCAUGUAUGGGUCUUUAAUAGGUCAGGUUAGACAGUUUACCCUACUCCAUGUGAAUGACUGACCAUACGAUCUAAAGUGCACACAUCUAACCAUUCGGCCACCCAACACCCCCUUCUGUGUUUAAUACAUGUACUUAUAGUAGUUACAGUCCUGUUCACUACAAAGUGAAAGUAGAAUAUUGUUUAUUUUUGGAAGUCAUUUUGUUGGUAGAAUCUGGAUCAUUUAGAACUUUCAAAUAAAAUAAAGAAAGAUGCGUACAAUUCUUUAUAGCUUUCAUUUAUUUUCCAAAUUUUUGUUUAAAAAAAUAUUUAGAGAGGUUUUAAUAAAAGAAAUUUUUAUAUAA